AUGGCGAGAGGAGAGGAAGUGGAUGUCUAUGGAAAGUCUGGAAUGCACGACCCUGAGAUGGCUUGGAUAGCGGAACAGGAUGGGGAACACAAUGAUGGGUCACCACUUCACCACCACACCUUCGUCCUUCUCUGCCACUGUACAGAGAUGGCCGGUCACGAAUCAACCACCACCACCACCAUACCCCUCCGCUACCUGCUGUUUAUAAUGGUCCUGGCUGCGAUGGCUGGUGCUGGGACGGCCAAGGCUGUACCGAAGACCAACCCCAGCCCGGGAAGGAUCACAGCGCGCUCCACUCUGUACCCAACUCACGGCAGUCACCACCCAAAGGACCGCGAUGACCACUACCACUACCACACUCACCACCUGCAGCGCCCUCCCUACCUCUACGGCUACGGUUACGGAUAUCCUGGCCUUGGACUGGGAGGUCUUGGCGGUCUUGGCAGUCUUGGCGGUCUUGGCGGUCUUGGCUUGGGUGGUUUGGGUGGUCUGGGUGGCUUAAGUGGUUUGGGAGGUUUAGGUGGCUUGGGCGGCAUCGGUAUGGGCGGUUUAGGUGGAUUGGGUGGUUUCGGUAUCGGUGGUUUGGGCGGUUUAGGAGGCGUUGGUAUGGGAGGUAUUGGUCUGGGCGGGUAUUCCUACGGCUGGUGA